AAGUGCAAAACACUGUUUUGAGCAGAUUGCAGAUCAACAACCAAACCACUGGGCGAGGUGAGCACCGCCCAGGGCGGCUGGGGAGGGGGCACGGCACCGCGGGGCCCAGAGCCGCCGUCCCUGCCCGCACUCGCGGCCAGGCGCUGGGGAUGCCGACAUGGGUCCCCAAGCAGCCGAGGACUUCGUGCUGUCCGCAGACUACGAUUACCCAGUGGGGACCAAAUCCACGGGGACGGAGGAGCGUUUCUCCAGGUGGGAGUCGUCCUACAUGACCGUCUUCAUCCCCAUCCUCUACUCCUUCAUUUUCCUCCUUGGCUUCGUGGGGAACCUCUUUGUGAUCGUGCUGCUGGCCAAGAAGAGAGGCAGCAAGAGGAUGGUGGAUACGUUUGUGCUGAACCUGGCUGUGGCCGACGUGAUCUUCGUCUGCACCCUGCCCUUCUGGGUCGUGGCAGGUGCCCAUGGGAACCGCUGGCAGCUCGGGGAAGGGCUCUGCAAGGUGAGCAGCUACGCCAUCACUGUGAACCGCUGCUCCAGCAUCCUCUUCCUCACCGCCCUGAGCGUGGAGCGCUACCUGGUCAUCAGGAAGGUGCUGGAUACCAAGAUGACGGGGUCCAAGAGGCACGUCUUUGUCACUUGUGGGCUGAUCUGGGUUGUGUCCCUCCUCCUGGGUGCGCCGUCCCUGGAGUACCGGCGGCUAGAUGGAGAUGACUGUUGGGAUGAGGAUGGGGAGGAUUUCAGCCUGGCAAUGGUCUUCCUCACCUUCCUCCUGCCACUGGCGAUCAUCUUGUUCUGCUACUGCUCCAUCUACUACCAGCUCCACAGGCACAUCAGGCUGGGGAAGGGGAUGAGGAACUCCCACCGGAUCAUCUUCACCAUCGUCGGAGCCUUCAUCUGCUCCUGGCUGCCCUUGAAUGUCUGCAAGGUGUUGCUCUUCUUCAUCGCGAAGGGGAUGCUGGUCCUCUCCGAGGUGGAGGAGGAGGCCUUGAGGUGGGUCGUCACCAGCAGCACAUGCCUGGCCUUCAUGAACAGCUGCGUCAACCCCAUCAUUUACACCCUGAUGGAUCGCCAUUUCCGGCGCCAGCUGCUGCCCCCGGCUCUCCGGGUGCUCUGCCUUUCCCCCGCGGAGAAGGGGCACAACGUGGCCACGACGUCCUCUGUGACCGAGUCCAGCCUCAUGUUCGGCGUCAGGACCAAGCCGUCCGCACCGCCGGGGCGCUGGCCAGCAGUGCAAGAGGAGAAGGAUUGGGGGCCAAACGAGUAGGUCAUUUGGGGAGGGCUGAGCUUGAGCAAGUGCCUGGGCUUGUCUACCUUCCUCAUCUCUUCAAAGCAUUGCAGAGAGAGAGCUGCGGGGCUGAGGGAGCGCAGGAUGAGCCCU